CGACGCCAUCACAGUUUCCGCCAUUGUUAGAAUUUGUGGUUUUCAGACGAAAAAUUCCUCAUUUCCGAUGAUUGUGUGGGGCUGAAAGAGCCUUUUUCGAGUGCAUCAGUGGGUGCUAUUUGUGAUCCACAGUGUACAUUUCAUCGAGUGUUGGGCAUUGCUGCAUUUUCCCGUGAGUUUUUCCAUUCGAGAAAAAUACCUCUUUUUUCACAUCGCGGAGAGGUUCCGCUGUGAAUAAAGCUGGGUGGUGUGCGCGUGUGUGCGUGAAGUGCGCCGUUUAUGGGGGAAAAGAGUGAUACCACUUCGCGGAGGUCCAAAAGCGCGGUAAAUAUGGAAUGAGUGUAGUGAAGUGGUCUGUGAAGGCUCAUUCAUUUAUGGAGGGCUAAGAAGUGCCCCCUGAAUUGGGCCCCAAAACCCUCGUGCUAUUCCGAACAAGAGAGAGAGAGAGAGUGCGUGAAGAGUGAAGCGAGUGCAGUUUUGGAGCGCAUCGUGCCAAUCUGCCAGUGUUUUGUGUGAAGGGACUGAAAGAGAGACAGGCUCGUGGAUCUCCUGCAUCGGUUUUGGUGAGCGUCACAACGUCGUCAUCCGAUGUGGCCGCAAUGGCACCCGCUCUAACGGAGCCCGUGACACAGAGUAAAUUAUCAUCACCGGCAACAGCCGCCUCUCCCCAUCCUGACAUCCAUUCGUCCACCAAUUCCACCCUCGUGGAUGACCAUCAGAGCUACUAUUCAGUGCGUCAAAAGUCGUCCGGGGUGGAAGUGAGCAGCGGCGCCGCCACCAAAGGGUCCUUCCAAUUGGCAUUUGUGGAGUCUGUCGGCAUUGAGGCGUCGAAUGGGCUGGCGGAGUCCGGUCCAGUGGAUGAUUCAACGCACAUGGAUCAGACAGUGGAUGAUAGGGGCGCACUAGGUGACACCAAGCCGGAGAAGGCGGCUGGGAAGGCGGCCGCGUCCUCAUCUGCGGCCCCACAGACAGCGGGGGCGACCAAGAGUGGCGACUACAUGAAGGAGAGUGCUGAGAUUGAGCAAUUCAUGGGUGAAUUGGCGUCGUCCAGUGACAUUGAUCUCUUUCAAGUCUUCAAGAGCUUCGAGAAUGCCGCCCAGGCGGGCGAUGGCCUCUGCGAUCUGGUCGCCCCCUUUAACAUCUUCGGCGAUGAUGUGAUGAGUGUGGAGGAGGUGACGGCGUCGCAGCUGAAGGACAGCGACACCGUGCAGUUACGCCAGGAGAUCGAGAAGCGACAGUAUCAGAUGCAGCGAAAGUGUGACUUCCUCCUGCGUCGCCUGAGGAAGCUGCAGGUGCGAUUUAUGGGGGCGCACGUGAGUGAGGAGAUUGCCGGCCUGUUUGAGCACACAUGUCGCCUGCUGAAGCGAAAGGAGCGCGAUGGGGGCCCCAAGAGUGUUGUGAAUCCGGGACAAGUGAUAAUUGAUGUUGUGUCCACGGGGCAAUUCAUCCCACCGGCGGGCAGUGGUGUGGUGCAGAGUCAGCAGCAGCAGCCGGUGCCGCAGGAGAGCCCGAAGCCACUCAAUCAGGUCGUUCUCAGGUCCUAUCUCAAGCGCAUUGAGAAUGUGGCGCUCACGCAGAACUCCAUGGCGCAGAAGAGGAGUGCAGCUGUCGUGAUGCUGCCCGGUGGCAAGGGUUCGCCGGCAAUUGGGAGUCUGCUGCCCAACUUGGAGGAAGUGUCCAGGGGUCAAUUGGAGCACACAUCGGGACUGCUGCGGACUGAACUGCGCGCUGUGGAGUCCGCCAUGGACUCCGAUGCCACCGCCACGAGUUCCGGUGGGGAGUCAGCUGAUGAGCUGGUCAACUACACCAAUCCCACACAGCAGACACUGUCGAUAGCAAAGCGGGCAGCGUGGAGAUGGUCGAAGGAUCGUGCCGCGAUUGCGACGCGCUGGAGUUGGCUUCUUGCUCAAAUCUCGGAUCUGGAGUAUCGCAUAAGGCAGCACAAUGAUCUGCAGAAUCAGAUACGCAAGAGCAAGGGCGCAGUGACAUUCGAGGAGCCACCGCCGCAACACUCAGUCAAUGGCUAUCGAGGUGUUUUGCCGGGCAAUUCCAAGGCGACGACGGACGCUGAAGAUGGUAGCACACCGAAUGGUGCCUACGAUCAACAGUCUGGCAGUUCGAGUCGCACAAGACCUUUUCAGAGGAGUGGCUUUAAGAAGCGAAAACUCCUACAAACAGCAAAUUUGCACACGAUCUCAAAGAAGGCCGCAAGAUCAAGCACUGUCAAAUGUGGUUGUCAGUGGCCAGUUCAUCCUUGUGCGCUCUGUACAGGACGCCAAGAUCCAACAGCACCCAGAGACCUGCCCGACAUGAUGCCAGUGUCGGAUAGAGUGGCACUUCUGGAUCCAUGCUAUCAUCCAGUUCUCAGUUUCCCAGAAGACGUCUCUCAAAAUAUCCACUUUGAAUCUGUACUGCGAAUACCGGAGUGGCAAGUGAAGGUGGUGAGAUGCACGACCAAAGCGCCAUUGAAGAGUGCGACGACCACGCCAAAGGCGUCAAUUUUGCGUGAGGAUCGUGUGAAGCAGAAGCAACAUCGACUGUAUGAUGAGCCGGCACGGAAGCUCGGAAGAAAGUUUUCUCAGGGACUCGUCACAAAUAGAAUUAAGAAGGCAAAGGCGCGACGUGCUCUUCAUGGGAAAUAUUCGCAGUUGCUGAAGCAUCAUAAGAAUCGUAAGGUGGCUGGAACGAAACCAUCAUCAACAUCGGGCUCAGAUACGGCUGGUUUGCAUCAUGAUAUCGAAAAUGGACUGCCACGCAGUAAAAAUUCAUCACCCACACUGAAUUCAUCAUACAAACAUGAGAGAUCGGGAUAUUCAGAUCUACGCCGGAAUCGAAAUUCCUACGACAUUGAUAACAUUGUAAUACCAUACAGUGUUGCAGCGGCGACAAGAGUUGAGAUUCUGCCGUAUAAAGAAAUUCCAACGCCAAAAUGGAAAGUUGUACAGGAGAAGGACUUUGUGGUUGAGGUUGAGAAUGAAUCUAGUCAAACGGAUUUGCAGAUUGAAAGUGAAGAGACACUGAAUGAUGCAAUCUCGUCGAAGCAUGAGCGCUCUCUGCUCGAUGAGAGGAAGAAGUUCUCGACAUUCUUGAAAUUUCCAUACAGUACUAGAUCACGUGCCAAUCGACGAAUCGACAGUCGAGCUGAGUCGAGCGGUGCAAAUACCCCAGACCCGACCUCACCGAGUGUUGCUGUAGAUCAAGAGUCCAUACCAUCUCCUGCCUGUCCAUCCACUCCGCUAACACCACUGGAGCAUGGCGAAGGAGCAACUGACACCAUUUCCACCCCAACAGCGCCCAUCCCAAAUCCACUGUCCAAUUCGACGCUGCUGCGCUCUGAGAGGCGUCGCACGACAUCGCUGAGAUUGCUGACGAGAGAUCGCGAUGGUGGCGGUGGUGGAUCGCUGGACAAGGAUGCGCGGCGCAGCAAUACGCCGGAUCUGAAGGAAACAAUUCCUCCGUAUGAGUCGCUGGUGUUCCCACUGCCGGAUGACAUAUACGAGGCGAUGCUUCAGGCAAUGCCGACAGAUCACUUAGUGAAAGAGUGUGUGGGUGCAAAGAGGCUGACGUGCAAAGCUACUACUGCUGCUGCUGGUCACACAUCGUCAAUGGGCGCAAUUCUCAAUGAGAGUGAAUCGAAUACGCUGAUGGACAAUAUACUUGAUAUUGAUUCUGAUGCCGAAACGGAUUCUGUCAUCUCGGCCACAGCGGAGGAGGAUCCAAAUGAUCCUGAGUGGUUUGUCGAGGCGCACGAGCGGCUGUAGGAAUGCGGGGUGUGGUUGAUUUUGUGACGCGCGAUACUAAGGCAAACCCAGAGAAAGGAGGAGAGAAGAGCCAUUUAAUUUAAGGUGAUAGAGAGGAAACCCACUUUUGAUGAAAGUUAUAAUAACAUGGAGAGGAGUUGUAUUUUUUCUGUAUGAGAGAGAGGGAGAAAGAGCUUCUUUUCUUCUUUCGGUACUCUUGUUACGUGUAAUCUCACGAUUAUAGGAUGUCUGAUAAUGCAAGACAGUCUGUAAGUUUUCCAGAGAGAGAGUGGGUUAACAUUUAGCUUUGAAUGGGGACGUGUAGUGUGUAGUUUUCCACCUGAGUUUCUUCACACAGUUGCAUUGAGUUCUUGAUAGGCAAAUAUAUAACACAGAAAAACCCUUGAAUUAUUGCAGAAUUUUUCACAGCAAAAAUGACGACAAAACUGAACUAUGAUAUAACUUGAUUUAUCGCUUAGUUGACGAUUAUGAUGGAUUUUUUUCAAAACAAUGAUAAAGACACAGAAAUUGCCAUUUUUGGUGAACUUUCAGUGGAAUUAAUUAAAGUAUAACAAAAAUAAAAUAAAAACAUGUUGGAAUACACUGCCAAACCCCGAAUUAAAUAUAUAUAAAAAGGUCUCUAAAUGAAUGCGAAAUAUAUAGGAAAAAAAAUUAAUAGAGAAUACCAUUCAAUAAAAAAAAUCUUUUCGUUCUUUUUUUUUAAAUGUAGAAAUUAUAUUCUGAAGUAUAAAAAGAGAAGAAGAAAAAAAUGUAACUAUUGUUGGAAUUACUUGUCUUUAGAUUGGGGAGAAUAAAAACUUUUUAUAAUGGAGAAAGAGAAACACAUGAAAAAACAUACACUGUAAAUAGAUUUAUGAUGUAAGAGAGAGUGAAGAGAAGAGAGAUGCAUAGAAUUCAAGUGAAGGAAAAAUGAUCUUUUUAUUGAGGAGAGAAGAAGUGCAUGUGAGAGGAAAAAACCAUACCAGUACCCCAAAUUUUCGUUUCACUUCUGUCUUUGGCUUUGAACACCUUCCCCAAACUUGUGUGGACUUUUUCACGUGGAAGAGGACACUGCGUGCAUGCGUGCGUGAGGAGAAUAGAGGAGUGAAGGAAAGGCGCAAGAUUGAAAAUUAUUGAGAGGUUUUAUAGCUGAGAUAAUAGAAAAUAGGACGAAAAUACAGUGAAAGUGCAUUGUAAUUAGGAUGAGAGAAAGCACUUAAGCAUUACUGAAAAAUGGGAAGAAAAAUGUACACAACAUAGAGACUGUUUGACGAGAGAAGACGAUUGGGAAAUUUGGAGAAAAUUCGAUGAUCAGAGAGAGUAGAAGAUUGAUAAAAAUGGAACCGUGAUGGAUUCUCGUAUUAAAUCUUAAAUAACAAGAAAACAAAAAGCAUUGUAAAACACUUUCUAAUGUCACUUUUGUUCAGGUGGAUGAGGAGACUGUGUUCUUCUCAAUAUCCUCUGAAGUAUGAGAGCGAGAGAGAAAGAAAAAAGUAUGUAGUGAGAAGACAUUUCGCUAUUUAUCUCAAACUUAGAACAAUGAUAUUUAAUGCAAACAAAAAAAAAUGUAUUCCACUAAAAUAUAUCGUGAAGAUUCUUCGCAUUAAAACUGAGUGUAAUAAGAGAGAAUUUUAAACAAAUUGAUUAUCCCACAAAAAAAAUGAGAAAAAAGAUGAAAAACAUACUAAUGUAAAACUUAUACUCUGUGAAAAGAAGUAAUUAACACAAUUAAUAAGGGUCCCUUCGUGCAGUUGGUGAAUUAACAGGAGAGAAAGAGAGAGAGAGAAGAGAAUUGCUUCGUGGAAAUACACUCAUUUUAUACUACUUAUUUAAUAAGCUUUCUCUGGCUUCCUUUUUUCACUUUUAUAAGUGAUGAAAUUCAGUUUAAAAAAGAAAUGUGGCUUAGUACAAAAUGCUUCUAAUAACGCCUCAAUUCCAUGAUUAUCCAUUAACUGCAAAAAAGACUACAUUUUAUUCCCUUCCAGGCAACUUCUCUCUCUCUCUCUCACUCUCUCCGUUCUGCUGAAGGCAAAUUUUCAUCCCUUGAUUUGCUUAUCGUCUAUUUUUCACGUCUUUUUUUAUAUUAUUAUUUUGUAAGAAAAGGUAUAUAAAAGAGAGAAAUAAUUAAAAAUUAUCUUCACCAAAUAGUAGAAUUUAUUGCGAGUAAAUACAAAAAAAAGAGAGAAAAAUGUAGUGCUGUAAGAUUUUUUUAUGUGUAAAUGUUGAACAAGUCUUUUUUUCUGCGAAAAAAAUACACGUGUAAAUAGAUUAGGGUUUUUUUUCAAAAUGUAUCUUUGAUGAUAGAGACCUUAGAGAUGGAAAUAAUAAUGUUUUCAUUUUUGUAUGCUACGGUUUUAGUUGCUUUGUACGCUCCCAUCAUCGCGCCACCCUUUUUUUUCUUCUUCCAUUUGUUUUUUGUAAUAAUGUACAUUUAAUAGGUUUUCUUUUUGACUUCAUUCUCGAAACAGGAGAAAAAAAAAUCAGAAAUUGCUUUUCAUUCAGCCUCAUGUAAUAUCAUUUUAGGAGUAUAUAUAUAUUUCUAUGUAUUAAAGGUGAAAAAUAAGGAAGAAAAAAAAUCAGAGAAAAAUAUAGGACUUAAGAUGAUGUAAAGUAAAUAAGAUUCUAGCAACUGCUAAUGUAAUAACUAUUCGUAAAUUUACCAAGAAAUUAAUUUUAUUACUUGUUACACUUUUAGGUUUGUAAGUCUCAUUUUUAAGUUUAUCUUGAGAAUAAAGAAGAAAAAAAAACGUGUGAAGUGAGAGAAAAAAAUGUGUGAAAUUCUGGGGAGAUUAUUAAAUGAUAUAUAAAAAACAACCGACAAAAAACUCUCGUGAUUAAUUUUGCUUCGAAUGAAAAAAAUUGCUGCAACAAAGAAUAUCCAAGAAAACGCCACACGAGACGUUUCUUUAUUUUGCCUAAAUAAAUUCCGCGCUUGGCGAGACAUCAAUUUUUCUAAACAGGAUUUCAAUAUGAAUUUGAACACUGAAAUUUAAGGACGAAAAAAUCAAUUGACAUGAAACUUUUCGCUUGUAAUAAACUUCAAACAAAAAAAAAAAAA